GGCUCCCCAGCGCGGGUGCUUCCUGGAGGUCGAGUCCUCCGCGCCCGCGGGGCCGGGGUGGCGGGGAGGGGGCCCCGGUUCUGCACGCGGAGCGCCCCUCACUGACCGAUCAAGGCCCUAAGCCGACCCUUCCACUAUGCCCGCGGGCGUGUCCUGGCCCAGUUAUCUGAAAAUGGUGGUGGCCAGCCUCCUGACCAUGUGCGCCGGUGCCCAAGUGGUGCACAGGUACUACCGGCCCGACCUGACAAUACCUGAAAUUCCACCAAAGCCUGGAGAACUCAAAACAGAGCUAUUGGGACUGAAAGAGAGACAACACAAACCUCAGGUCGCAGAGCAAUAAAAACUGUGGAAAUCA